AAGUAUCUCCAGCUUCAUCCAGUUCUGGGAAUUUCAGCCAAUUCACACCAGAUUCAGCCUCCAGUCCACAUUCAGCAUCCUCGUCCCCACAGCCUACGGAUAAGUCUCAGAAGGGCAGAGAAGAUGGCAUGGAAGGAGUGAGGAAGGCCAAGAGCCGCACGGCUUUCUCCAAGGAGCAGCUACAAACCCUGCACCAGCGGUUCCAAAGCCAGAAGUACCUCAGCCCCCAGCAGAUCCGGGAACUGGCUGCUGUCCUGGGGCUCACCUACAAGCAGGUGAAGACCUGGUUCCAGAACCGAAGGAUGAAGCUGAAAAGGUGCCAGAAGCACAGUCUGUGGACUGAACGGGCUCAGUGCCUCACGCAAGGUGGCUUCCAGCCAAGUACUUACCUGGACGUGCAUCCCAAAUUCCACCAAGGCUACCCGAUCACUGCAGCGGGCAACAUGCAAACCGUGCCUCCCCCUCGCCAGCACUACGGAGCAGGGCAGAACCCUUACACCAUCGUGACCAGUGAGGAUGGAGGAGUCUUUGGCAAAGGUGGUGGCACCUGCAGCGUCCAGCAGACAGUGGGCUUCAUUGCCCAGCACAAAGUAGACUUUUACCACAGCUGUCCUGGCAGUCUGGAAUAUCCAGGCACAAAGACGGGUGAUGGCUGUAACUUUCACCACUCGGCCACCACGGGGGCUCCUUUCCCAACCACUGCUGGCCACCAUCUCUAUCAUUCCUAA